AAUUUACGUUAUCUGCACAAAAUUAGACCACGCAACACUGAAGGAUUGGGAGAUGCAGCGCGGACCCAACAACGCAAUUCCAACAUUUUCGGAAUUUAAUUCAUUUAUAAAAAACCGCGCUGCAUGGCUGGAAUCCAUCGAAGAAAAUCACCAAAAACUGCGUAGAUAUAGCGAUACUCCACCCGUUCGCGCCAAAACCUUUGUGGCAAAUUAUUCGAACUCCGCGCAUGCGAGUGGCUCUAAUCCUUCACAAAAUUCCCAUUUCUGCCCAGUUUGUAAACAAUCACAUAGCAUAUAUGAAUGCACAAAAUUCAGAUCCAUGACCAUAGAAGGGAGGAUGGAUAAGGUAAAACAAUUAAACCUUUGCCAGAAUUGUCUGCGUAAAGGUCACGAUGAAACACAUUGUUGGAGAGGUUCGUGCAAAAUUUGCAACCAGAGACACAACAGCAUGAUACAUCUAAACCAUGGAGAGCCAAAUCUAGAUUCGAAUACAAAAAUUGACCAAUGUGUCGUCUUACCGAAUGUAGAAAAUCUGACGAACAACACAGAGCCGAAGCAAACAACUAAUCAAUCGUCGAACACAAUAUCCUUAUCAGUGACGCAUCCAAGCCAAGCCCAGGUAUUGUUAAGCACUGUAAUUGUCAGUGUAGCGGAUAAAAAUGGUAAACACCACAAAGUGCGUGCACUGUUAGAUCAAGGCAGCACAGCAAGUUUCUUAACAAAUGAUUUACUCACACAACUUCAAACACCUUGUUAUCAUACCUCUGUUUCAGUCCAAGGAUUAAAUAAUCAAACGUCUAAAAUAUCAAAAAGGUGUGAUGUAUCAAUAGCAUCACUCUCUGCCAGUGGUUACACGACAGACGUUAAUUGUUUUGUUGUGCCACAAAUCACGCAAGUAAUACCCAUGAAUAAAAUAAACUGCGGUAAUCUAAAAAUACCCCCACACAUCUACCUUGCCGAUCCUACCUUUGCCAUCCCAUCGGAGGUGCAAAUGCUGUUGGGAGCUGACAUCUUCUGGGACAUACUCUGUAACAAUCGUGUCAGCCUAGGCAAGGCGAAACCAACCCUUGUAGAAACAAAAUUAGGGUGGUUAGUUGUGGGCUCUAUACCGACAUCAUACAACACACUAGGUCAACAUGAUACAGUCCACUGCAACUUGAUAAACAAAAUCGAACUAGAAGAAAAAAUCAACAAAUAUUUUGAAUUGGAGUCCUUACCUGCUCAACAAUCCCAAUCAAGGAAUGAAGCUGAAUGUGAGAAGCUCUUCUUGAAAACUACAGUCCGUAACCCAGAUGGUAGGUUGGUUGUGACAAUACCCCUUAAGGAGAACCCUCAAUGUCUCGGCGAUUCAAAGCAACAAGCACUGAUUAGAUUCAAUUCAUUAGAACGUAAGUUCAGCAAAAAUGAAGCAUUUAAAACAAAAUACAUAAACUUUAUGAAGGAAUACAUAGAGCUAGGUCAUAUGUCGGAAAACAAAACACCCCAAGAUGACAAUGAAUCCUACUUUUUGCCGCAUCAUGGUGUCUUGCGAGAAGACAGUCUAACAACUAAACUAAGAACAGUAUUCGAUGCCUCUGCAGUAACAAGCACUGGUAAGUCAUUCAAUGACAUCCAACUCAUAGGUCCUCCUGUACAAGAUGACUUAUUGAGUAUUUUAAUCCGAUUCCGACAGCACAAAUAUGUGGUCACUGCCGACGUAGAAAAAAUGUACAGACAAAUCUUAGUGAAUGAAUCACAAAGAAGUUUACAACAGAUAUUCUGGCGAUCAGAUCCAAGUCUAGAACUCAAGCAAUACAAACUAAACACCAUAACGUACGGCACAGCAUCCGCCCCUUACCUUGCAACUAGAUGCUUGAAACAAUUAGGUCUUGAAAGCACUAAUGAGGAUGUAAGAGAGGUGAUUAUACACGACUUCUACGUAGAUGAUUUAAAUACUGGCUCAGAUAAUGAAAAAACGCUAAUCGACAAUUGUAAGGGUGUUUUAGAGCAGCUACGCGGUGCCCAAAUGAAUUUACGAAAAUGGCGAUGUAACAAGCCAGAAUUGUUAAAAAAUAUUGUGGGUGAAACAAGUCAAGACGAAUUACAAAUUUUGGAUAAGGACGAAUAUGCAAAAAUUUUAGGAUUACAGUGGGCCUGGAGAAGGGACACAUUGCUAUUCUCUUCCACAAUGAAAACGAACAUUCGUUCAGCUAAGUCAAGCAAACGCAUAGUGCUAUCAAUGCUUGCACAAAUCUUUGACCCCCUAGGAUUGAUAAACCCGUGUACACUUAAGGCAAAACUCAUAUUACAAACACUUUGGGCUAACAACAUACCUUGGGACGCCGAAUUGCCAACCGAAGUCGAAUCACAAUGGAAUAAUUUUACGAAUUACAUAUCCGACUUAAUCUCAAUUGAAAUCCCGCGCAGGGUCUUAUGUGACUCCUACGUCAGGUUAGAGAUGCAUGCAUUCAGUGAUGCAUCUAUCAAGGCAUAUUCAGCCUGUGUUUACCUUCGAUCUGUUACAAUGGAUGGAGACGUCACUGUUAAUCUACUAUUGGCAAAGAGUAGGGUCGCCCCUCUCAAACAGCGGCUAACCAUACCGAGGCUCGAACUCUGUGGUGCUCUACUAGCUACAAGGUUAGCAAAGAAGGCGAAGGAAUCACUUCGCUUGGAAAUCGAUGUUCAGCAUUUUUGGUGUGAUUCAACGAUCGUUUUGAGCUGGAUUAAGACAUGCAAACAAACUUUAAAACAAUUCGUGUGUAAUAGAAUCACUGAAAUCACCAACAUCUCAGAGCCUAACGAUUGGCAUCAUGUUCCAACAGAACUUAAUCCAGCAGACAUAGGCUCUCGUGGGCUCAACGCUACACAACUAAAGGGCUCUACCUUAUGA